CAAAGGUACAAACAUCUACAGUUUAGCCAUAGCAAUUAUGACAUUUGACCAUUUGCUAUGCCAAUAAGGAACACCUGAAAACUACACUUAUCUGAUUUUUCAGUUAAAGCAGCAGUCAGACUGAACACAUAAAAUUCACCUGGCAGAAAAGGGAAGGGGAAAGGACAUAGGACGCAAAAGAUGCACAUUUGCUUCUGGUACAUUUGUGCAGGAGCAGACUCAGGGUGGUUGAGGCCCCUGGGUGUCACCAACUAGAAAAGAAAAAAAAAAAAAAUCAAAGUUGCUAUAACACAAAACUGUAGCUACUAUAAUAUCAUGAUGACAUUGGAUUAUAUUGAUUAUAUAAUAUCAACUACUCUACCACUAUCAUACAGUUGUUAAAUAUUAAUUGUAUCUGAAUUCCAUUUUCCGUUUCCCUAUCAGUAUCCAUUAUAAAUAAUUCUAAUUAUUUAAAAACACAUGACAAAAAUGAGGUUAAAUAUGCCAAACUAGUGGGUGUCGUAGAACACUAGACAAAUUCGUCUUUUAAUGUGUGUUAAUUCAUCAGUACAGUACUUUUUUUCAGGCUGAAACUUUCAUUCAUACACCUUGGCUAAAGAUGUUCAAUCUCAGUUUUUCACAGCUCCACACUUUUUUUUUUUCUUCAAGCUGUACAGCAUUUAUUCUCCAGAAAGAUUUAUUACCAGUUUAAGAACAAAAUUCACGUCUCAUCAUUUCAAACUACUUGUGAUUUUUAUUUAUUUGUAUAUUGUUCAUUCAUUCAUGUAUGCGUCCGUGUACAUUUUGUUACCAUACAUUUUUUUAGGAAGUCAGUUAGGGCCUCUACAUUGUUCACAUCAGGGGUAAUUUUAAAACAAACAAUUAGAGACAUAUUCAUUUCUGCUUUAAUUCACUAUGUCAGAAUUCCUGUGGGUCAAAUGUUUACAUACACCAAGUUAACUGUCUCUUUAAAUAGUCUUUAAAUUGAUGUCGUUACUUUAAGAAGAUUUGAGAUUUGAGCAGAAACAUGAGUGUCUAAGGGAGGAAAGGAGAGGAUGAGUUGAGUGUCAUCCGUAUAGCAGUGGUAUGAAAAUCCAUGUGAGGAUACGACAAGGCAGUGUGCUGGUGGAUCGGGCGCCUAUCCUGGGAACACCCUGAAUGGGACAAUUCAUUAGAGGACAUUGUGCAUGCAUACAUUUAUACCUACAGUGGCAAUGCUGGAGUGUUUUAUCCCACCAUCCAACCUCAACCUCUAAAAGUUCAAUGUAACUUUUUAAAUUUGUAUUGCAGUUGUGUAGGGUCAAAUUGGCUUCGAUUCUCAACACGUGUAAUCGAGACAGACCCCAAUAUCCUGACUUGCCUGCGAUUAGAAUAGAAAAAGAGGUACUCACUGGCAGAUUACCUGCAGUCUCGUGCCUAUGGCCGAAUCACAACCACGCUGAUAUUCUGUACAACAGCACUCUUACUCGUGUGAUAUUGCUUAAUUCCAACCUGCCAGCAUUCUGUCAGAGACAGAAAAAUUAGGUAGAAUGGUGUGGUGCUCUACAUGCAUGACUAAUGCUACAUAGUAUGCUAGUAAAUUAAUCAGAAAUAAAAUAUCCUAUAAAUAACCAGUACUUACCAAUAGCUAGAAUUUGACUUGCUGCCUCACUAAACUUAAAUACAGCCACUUAAUGUUAGCAAAUUAGCAAGACUUACAUCAACAUGCUUUUUCAAACUACAUGGAGUUCAUGCCUUCUAGGUAGGCAAAGGAGAUUUUAUUGAGGUAAGGCCAUGGGGUGCUCAUCCUCAAGUUCCACACUUCAGUCUGGUGGUUUAUUCAUCUUCAGACACACAUGGAUAGCUGUAGGGUUAACUAUGUUGUGUAACAUGAGAAGGUCACUGGAAUUGGCACUAUUCUUUGUUUAGAUGCUUUAAACUGAAAUGCAAAUAAAAUGCAGCACAUAAAAAAGAAUAAGAAAUCACAAAUGCAGCUGCCUAUCUGUCUUUGUGUGUAUGUGUGUGUGUGUGUGUGUGUGUACUAAUUUGCUCUACAUCAUUCUUAUUAUACAGUACCUUCAAGACCCUGUGAUAUAAUUAACGCAUUGCUUGUUGAGCUAUUGAUCGAAUUUAGCCCUCCUAUCUAACAUCAUGCCCAGAUGUCACUGAUUAGAUUUGAUCACUGGCCUAACAAACUUCCUCUUGUCCAUGUAAAUUAUUUAUUAUGUGUUUGUCACUUCCUGUUGCUCUUAGCAUAAUUUGGUUAUUAAGAAGCAUAUAUGUUAUACAAGAAACACGAGACCAUGAAGUUAGAUACUGAGUUUAGCACAAAUGCAAACCAUGUUUUGUUUCUUUCUGUGUUUCUGUUUGUUUCAAUGAUAACAUUUUUCCCCUGAGGAAGAGCGUCGCGUGCCGCAGGGCACCAUAUCAUGGUCAUAAUCAUUUUUAAUUGUUAUAGGAGCGCAAGAUGGUGAGCAGUGGGACGUUUCAUUUGCAUUGUUAGAUGCCUGCAUCUGUAGUCCCUUUUGAGAUCAUUUUCACACAACACCUGGGUUUGUUAUCUAUGAACUUGCUUACAGCAACAUAAUUUGCAUGAGUGGAAACAUAAGGACACCCUAAGGCAUCAUGGGACACAGAAAUAAAACAGCUCCGGGAGAUAAAGUUCUCAGGCCUCUGAAUUCUGAAGCUCAUUUGCACCAGUGCUUCCCACAUGUCGAACUCCUCGGUUUGUUGCGCAUUUGAGGCCCCCCUCCUGGACGAAGUCCUCCCCCCUGUCCUUUUCUUAGAGUUUAUUUUCGGCCUCUCGGGGAACAUUUUAGCCCUCUGCAUGUUUGCCUUCCACAUGGAGAGCUGGAAGCCCAACUCUAUCUACCUGGCACACCUGGCUGUAGCCGACUCGAUUGUGCUCUUCUGCUUGCCUUUCAGAGCCGACUACUACCGCAGGCGCAAGGACUGGGUUCAUGGGGACAUCUUCUGCCGCAUCCUGCUCUUCCUUCUUGCAGCCAACAGGGCAGCAGGUAUUUUCUUUCUCACGGCAGUGGCUGUGGACCGCUACCUGAAGAUCGUUCACCCGCUCAACCGUAUCAACCGGAUGGGCCUGAGAUAUGCCAUGUGGGUCUCUGCAGGCAUGUGGACGAUGAUUAUAGCCAUGACGGCUUACCUGCUUGGCUCGCCACACUUUUUCAGUGCCGGGAACCGCACCCAGUGCGAGAGCUUCAACAUAUGCAUGGGCAACAACCCGCUUUCAAACUGGCACAACAGCUUCUACGUGAUCCAGUUCUGCGUGCCCACGAUCAUCGUCGUCUUCUGCACGGCCUGCAUUACGUGGCAGCUUAAAAACAAGACAGUGGACACCUCGGGCAAAAUCAAGAGGGCCGUUCAGUUCAUUUUCGUCGUUGCUAUGGUCUUCAUCAUCUGCUUCUUUCCGAGUACUGCCUCGCGGAUCGCUGUUUGGAUACUGAAGGUCUGGUAUAGCGAGUGUUCGUACUUCACUGAGGCGAAUCUGGCUUUCUACACUUCAGUCUGCUUCACCUAUUUCAAUAGCGUCCUCAACCCUCUGGUGUACUAUUUCUCCACUCCAGCAUUCAGUGGAACCUUACAGAGCCUUGUUUCGAAACUCAGAGGGAAGAAAUCAGACAGUAUUGUGGCUAUAGUAACAGGUGACUAAAGUAAACUGAGAAAAGAAAUGCAUAAAAAUGUGAUAAUGAAGUGAUUUCAUAUGUCACUUAGUACAUAAUGUAUAUAUUAUUCCGGCUUUUCAAAUUUCAGUUCUCUUAAAUAAUUACAGUCAGUAGCUGAAAGAUCAUAUUGUGUAAUAUCGUUUAUCAUUUUGGCAGUAAUGUACUACGGUAAACAUUAAUUAAAAUAAUAAUACAUAUAAAACCUUGCUUUCUGCAUAUACUGUAUGCUUCAGCAUGUUUAAGUUUUAGAACUGGAAAAAAUGUAUAAAAUGUAAUGCAGUUUAACAUCAGGUUGUAAUGAAGCCUGUUUAGAAAUUCUUCUUCUUUCUUUAAGAUAAAUAAAAUGUAGUAUAUUCAUGUAGCACACAUAAAUGUCCUCAGUUUUUAAUCCACAGUCAGUAAUGGAUGAGAAAAAAGGCUUGAUCAUUUCCACUGAUUAUCUUUACUGUUUAUGUUUACUGUAAAGUAAUGAUGUAAUUUUCAGUCUUUAAUGGGCAAACUGAUAAACACAAAGGAAUUACUAAAGCAAGACGUUACUAUGGAAAGCCUUGUUAUUAAAUAAAGUGCAUCAUAUAUACCACAAGAGAUUUAUUCUCCCAGUAGCCAUCAUACUUACGACUCCUCCCCUUUGUGCAGUAGGGUGAUCUCUAUUCAUCCACACUCAGCUGCCAGUCUAUUUGCAUUUUAUAUGUAUAUAAUUCUGUUGUACUGUGGCCUUAGUACAAGAGCCUUGCAGGGGUUUUUAACACACUGUUGUGACUACUGUGAACAGCUUGAGAACAGUACACCAAUCUUAAAUCUUCAGCCAACAGCAGUCCUGUAACAAACGGACACUAAUGAAUGGCUGGAUGGCUGUCCAAGUAUGUUUCAGCCCAUUUCAAAAAUGAAUAAAAAAUUUAACAUUUUGGAAAAAACAGUGCGCUUUCAUUGCAAUUGAACCACAUGAAGGCAGCUGGGUCUGGGAACUUUUGGUCUACAUUCGUAUGCAUUUUUUUUACUUCUAGAUUGCUUUGUUCAGCUUGUAUUUUUAGACUCCAGUAGUUCAGGAUUCAUCAAAAAUAGAGCAGGCUUUUUGUGCAGUUGUGUUCUGGGGCCCAGAUGAGUUCUUGUUAUAAGGCAGAAUCAAUGUAUAAAUAAUGAAGGAAAAAAAAAAAAAAAAGCCUGAAGUAGAAGUUAGAUAAAACUGGGGGAAAAAAACAAUACUACCCUUAAAUUUCAGAGUUUUAAAAAACAAAUACUAAAUGUUUCAAAUGAUAUCCACUCAACCAACUGAAGAAAGUACUUAUAUUUACACUAAACAAGUAAUUCUCAAGUCAUACAAAUUAUUAUUCAAAACAAUACUUUCACUACCAGUAAAAAUUACUAAAAGUAAACUGCAAACAAAUUGACGAAACAAUCUAGUUUUAAAAUUGCUUACAGUACAGAGAAACUCUGUUGGUGCUUUUAAGCACUAAGCACAAUCAGAGUCAUCUGAUCAUCUGAAAAUUUGCCAGGAAGAGAAUAUAUGAGGAUUACACACUCCAAACCUGUGGUCUGAAAUGAAGAGGGCAGUCCAUACGCACAAAUCCUAAAUGAGCUUGAAAUAUUCUAAAUGGAGGAGUGGUCCAAGAUCCUCUACAAGUGUCUCCAACCUUGUUAGACAUUUGAGGAAGAGGCUCAGUGCUGCUAUUUUCUACAGGGAGGAUUUAACAAAUAACUGUGAGAGUACUGAUCAUGCUGAUCCAAGUAUAAGGAUCCUUAUGUAAGUACUUCAGACAUUUUUUAAAGUUUGAAAUAAUAUUGUGUGUGAAAUCAAACUGUACAGCAUCUCUAUAUAUAAUUUUAAAAUAUCAUGCAUUGUAUGUAUUAUUUAUUUCAUAGAGAGUGCCAAUAAUUCUGGAGUUGACUCAAUACGAGAAAAACUAAAAAAAACAACAGACUAAAUUUAUUCAAAGAAUAUUUCUAGCAGUUUCCAUAAUCAAAUAAAUAAAUGAUAAAUGAUCUCCACUGCUCUAGUGGUAGUAGUGUAAUAUUUUUAAUGUCAUCCUCUUUGAAAAUGUGAAAUUGUAAGUAGAUAUGCAAGAAAUUCUACUUUGUAAGCAGAAAUCACGCUGCUUGGUUGUACACUGAUUUUUUUUAAAUAUAUCAGCCAAAGACUAAAAAUCUUUCACCAAAACAAAA